AUGUCAUUUCCAAAAUCUGACGACCUCCUUUCAUUAACAACUUCAGACUUAACAAAAUUAAUUCCGGGCACUCAACAUUCAUUCCAAACUUUAAUUAAUCAAUUAAUUAAUUCAAAUGGAUUUUUAAAUAAAUUAAAAAAUAAAAAAAUAAAAUUAAUAAAAUCUUUGCCAAUUGACGGCCAGGGAUUAAUGUCCCAUACUUUUAAAAUUUGUAUUUUAUUAGAAGAAAAUGAAGAGGAAGAAUUUAAUGCAAUAUUAAAGGUUACAACAACACAAAAAUUGGAAAGAUUUAGACCUGGAGAAAUUAAAGCUUUUGAUAAUGUAUCAAGUAUAAUAUUUGAAUUUUGUCAAGCUGAGGCUGAUUUUUAUGAAUUAAUAAAAUCAGCAAUUCUUCAAUUAUCUAAAUUACACGCUUCUUCAAUGCUUUUACCUUCAGAAAUAAUUAAAAAAUUUAAUUUACAACAUUAUGGUGAUAUUAGAGGGAUAGAAGAGGAUAUUUUAGAUAGAGUAUUGAAUAUUGGAUCCUCUUAUUUUCUUUGUCAUCAAAAAAUACUUUUGGCUUUUUUAAAAAAGCACAACAAAUUAAAGACAGAUUUACAUACUAAAUAUGGUAUUCCCCCAGUUCUUUGUCAUGGAGAUUUUUGGGCUAAUAAUUUAUUUUUCUCAAACAAAAAUGAAAAACUUUCUGCUAUUUUAGAUUGGCAAACACCCCACGCAAAUACAGGUUUAAAUGACAUUCUUCGUUUAAUUUUUACUGGCGUUAAUUCUCAAUUAAGAAAAGAAAAAUUUUGGGAAUGGAUAGUAAGUAAAGUGGAAAAUCUCUCUCUAAUAAAUAAAUAUAUCAUCACACCUCAGAGCCGAAUUUAGAAAAAUGUAGGGAAAAAUAAUUAUGCGAGGAGUAAGGUUGGCGGAUAGUUGGAAAUCUUCGAAUAUCCGGAUCCGACAACCUUAGUGAAGAGGCAAAAAUGUAUUUAUUAGAGAGAGAUGUUUGUGAUUGUAAAAAUAAAUAAAUAAUUAAUUUAAAAAAAAGAAUUUAUAUUUUGAUAAUUUACAAAAAGAAAGUCAGAAAUUGGGUAUUUCAA